AUGUCCUAUCCUCAGGGUUACCUCUACCAGCCCCCGGGCUCUCUGGCUCUUUAUUCGUGUCCGGCUUACGGGGCCUCGGCUCUGGCCGCACCGCGGAAUGAAGACUUGGCGAGGUCGUCCUCUGGCUCAGCCUUCAGCCCUUACCCUGGAUCGGCUGCUUUCUCCGCCUCCGCGGGUGCAGGUUUCUCCAGUCCACUGUCAUACUCCACUGAUCCAACUACGGGAUUCCCAUCCUACAUGAGCUCUCCGUAUGACGCGCACACGACUGGCAUGGCCGGGGCAUUAAGUUACCACCCAUACGGCAGUCCAGGGUACCCCUACCAACUCAACGACCCGGCUUACCGCAAAAACGCCACCAGGGACGCCACGGCCACCCUGAAGGCCUGGCUGCAGGAGCACAGGAAGAACCCGUACCCGACGAAAGGGGAGAAGAUCAUGCUGGCCAUUAUCACAAAGAUGACCCUGACGCAGGUCUCCACAUGGUUCGCCAACGCCAGGCGGAGGCUCAAGAAGGAGAACAAGAUGACCUGGGCGCCGAGGAAUAAGAGCGAGGACGAGGACGAGGAGGACGGGGACGGAGAGAGGAAAGAGGUGGAGCGCUCUGAAAAAAACCUGGAUAACAGCGAGGCUUCAGCGGAGGAUGAAGGUAUAAGCUUGCACGUCGACACUUUGACGGACCACUCCUGCUCGGCAGAGUCAGACGGGGAGAAGGUCAGCUGCCGUGUGGGAGAGCUGUGCUCCGAGCAGGCCGGCGACAAAUGCGACGAGGACGGCGAGGACCAGAACCACGACCCUCGGGUCCAGCUCUCGCCCAAACCCGUCACCUCGUCGCCUCUUACGGGAGUCGAAGCACCAGUUCUCAGUCAUCACCAACACCAACAUCACCACCACCACCUCCAUCAUCUCCACCAUCUCCACAGCCAGCGCGAGGAUUUGGCCCGGAGCCUCGUCAAUAGCAACAAUAUUAAUACCAAUAAAUCGUCUUCAUGCCUUGAAAGCAGACCUUCUUCAGGGCCGCCUCAGAACCCUACAGUUAAGCCCAAAUUGUGGUCGCUGGCGGAGAUUGCUACCUCGGAUCAAAAGCAGCAACAUCAGCAACAGCAUCUGGGGCAGCCUGGGCAACCAAAUUGCCCCUCCUCCAGCGGUGGCCUCCUUACUCCCCCCACGCCUUCCACCACUUCCCCGGCUUCCAGUUCCCCCUCCCUCUACCCGGCCCACUCCAUCCUUGGAAGACCUAUUUAUUACACUUCUCCCUUUUAUAGCAAUUACACAAACUAUGGCAACUUCAGCCCCCUGCAGGGCCAAGGGAUCCUGCGGUACACUAAUUCAUCUGGAGUGAGUCUGGCUGCCGCCGCCGCCGCCGCCGCCGCCGCUGCUGCUGCAGCAGCAAACGAGGGUCUGAGCUCCUCUCACCAGGCUCUGGAGGCGAGCACAAACCCUAAACACAGGCCAGACUCUCCCCUCGUUAAAAAUAACCCAAACCAGAUUGUUGUUGUCGAGCAGCAGCAGCAACAGCAACAGCAUUUCAGACAAGCAAAUUUAGAAGCAAAGAAAGGUACGUAA